ACACUGUCAUCCAUUGUAUGAUUAAGCUACGCAGGCAGCAAGUGAAAAAUAUGCAAUAAUUUACUUUCAAGCUCAUAUUUACAUAAAUUUAGUUAAACUUUAGUCAAAGUACGCAAUAAAUAUGGCAUCCGCAACGGUAAGAAAUGUGCCACUACUUGACGAUGACACAAUACCCUUUGGCGAGGAGGAUGAGAUGCGUGAUCCCAGCGUUGCCGGCCAAAAAUACACGCAUCCCUAUGUGACGUUCUUUCAUCUGUUCUUCCGUGGCGCGGCUAUUGUGAUAUACAUAUUCUGCGGCUGGUUCAGCGAUUCAUUUAUUACCAGUUUUGUCUUUGUUGUGCUCUUUCUCUCCGCCGACUUUUGGACAGUGAAGAACAUCUCGGGCAGAUUGCUCGUUGGGCUACGUUGGUGGAACUACGUUGAUGACGAUGGCAAGUCGCAUUGGGUGUUCGAGUCAAAGAGCUCUCCUUCCCAUCAGAGUCGCGUCAACAAGCACGAGCAGCGUAUUUUCUGGCUGGGCUUAGUACUCUGUCCAUUGUUUUGGGGUCUAUUCUUUCUAGUAGCACUAUUUGGACUCAAGUUCAAGUGGCUGCUGCUGGUCAUGAUUGCCAUAGCUCUGAAUGCGGCUAACCUUUAUGGAUAUAUCAAGUGCAAUUAUGGUGCCAGCAAGGACUUGAACAGCGCCGCCACAGACUUUGUCAAAACACAACUCUUUAAGAAUGCCAUGGAUAUGAUGACCAAGCCCAGUGCUGGAGCUCCACCGACAAAUGUGCGUCCCACCGGCGUAGUUUGAACUUGAAUUCCAAAGAGUAUUUAGUGUUUAUGGUAAUAAGAUAAACUAGCGGCAGGUCGUUGUGUCUGUGUAUCAUAUGCUUACCUUAAUAUAGGAAUUACAACUUUUAUUACAAUUACGCUGCUUUCUUUCGAUUAAAAU